AUGUCACAUAUAGUUUCUUUACCCAAAAUUCCCACCUCAUCCAAACUUUCACAAGUGUUCAUCUCCAACAUCAGACUUCAUGAAUUAAACAAAGAUUCAAAAAUAUUACCUAACAUUACUCUUGGAUACCAUGCGUAUGAUUCAUGCUCCAAUGGACUGAAAGCUGUAAAGAGUGUCCUACAGAUCUUAUCUGGACCAGGAAAGACCAUCCCAAAUUACUCCUGUAGUAAAGAAGGGCAGCUGGCUGGAGUUAUUGGAAAUCAUUAUUCAACUACGACAAUACCCAUAGCACAGACCUUGGGCAUAUACAAGUAUACACAAAUCAGCUAUGGUGCAACCAACUACCUAUUAAGUGAUAGAGAUACUUACCCAGCAUUUUUUCGGACUAUGCAAAAUGAUCAUAUUAAUUACUCUGUCAUAUCCAAGCUACUGAAAUACUUUGGAUGGACUUGGGUUGGAUUAUUUGCUUCUGAUGAUGACAUGGGAGAGGAAGAAACACAGAUUUUGACCAACAAUAUGCUGAGAGAAGGCAUCUGUGUGGCUUUCACAAUAAAAGUAGACAUCCCCACUUUUAUUUCUAAACCAGUAAGUCAAAAGAUCAUCAAUACUAUUACAAAAUCAACUGCACAGGUUAUUGUCAUUACUGGAUCCCUGUCUGUCUAUGUAGCAUUUAGAUUCCAAAUAAUGAUGACACUACUCCAAUCUAAAACAUUUAUUUUUGGUCCUAUUUGGGCUUCACAUCAGUUCACACUUUAUAACAAGCCAUUACUACUGAAUGGCAGUUUAGCAAUUGAAUAUAACACAAAGAAUAGUUUAGAGCUUGAUGAUUUUAUUAGGAAUGUCCAUCUCUCAAACUACCCUAAUGACAUGCUACUUGAUGAUCUCUGGAUAUAUCAUUUUAAAUGUUCUUCAAGAAUACCAAGAAAAAAUAUAUUUUUUGAAACACAUUUUUACUUCAAACUUCAUAACUGCACUGGUGAAAAGAAUGACUUAAAUCAUGUUCAAUUUAGUUUUGAUGGACUUACUUCUCAUGUAACUCAGGCAGUAAAUGUCAUGGCUGAUGGACUACAUAAGAUGGAUUUAUCCCUGAAAGCACAUUCUCAUGAAAAGAAAAUUCAGAUUAUGAAUAAUAAACAUCAGAUUCCGAUUUCUCAAUGCACUGAUAGCUGUCCCCCUGGGAGUAGAAAGAUCCACACGUCCAGUAUCCAUACUUGCUGUUAUGACUGUGUUCAGUGUUCAGAAGGAGAAUUCUCAAAUGUAUCUGAUAGUGAGAACUGCAAGAAAUGCCCGGACAAUGAAUGGCCCAAUAAUAGGAAAGAUCAAUGUAUCCCUAAGCAGGUAGAUUUUCUAUCCAUCAGCAAAGAUUUGAUCGCUAUGGUUCUUACAGUAAUUACAAUACUUUUAUGUAUUUUAGCUGCAAUUGUUUUAGGAAUAUUUAUAUCACAUCAAGACACCCCUAUUGUUAGAGCCAAUAACAAGAACCUCAGCUUCAUCCUCCUGGCCACCAUCAUACUGAGCUUCCUCUGUGUGUUCCUGUUCCUUGGUCGUCCUGUGGAUAUAACCUGCAUGUUACGUCAGGCCUCUUUUGGAGUCCUAUUUGCCAUAGCUGUGUCUUCUUUACUGGCCAAAACUAUAAUAGUUUGCAUAGCCUUCAAAGCAACAAAGCCAAGCAGCAAGUGGAAAAAGUGGAUUGGAGUCAAAUUGCCCAAUUUCACAGUGAUAUUGUGCUCAUCUGUUCAAGUGAUGCUAUGUGUUAUUUGGCUGGUGGUUUCCACCCCAUUUCAGCAGUUCGAUAUGCAGUCUUUCCCUGAGAAGAUCAUCAUUCAGUGUAAUGUAGGUUCAGUCAUUGCCUUCUAUUCAGUAUUAAGUUACUUGGGGAUUCUGGCCGCUAUAAGUUUUAUUCUGGCUUUCAUGGUGAGGACAUUACCAGACAGUUUUAAUGAAGCCAAAUACAUCACCUUCAGCAUGCUGGUGUUCUGCAGUGUUUGGAUUGCAAUGAUCCCAGCCUAUCUGAGCACUAAGGGGAAGGACACAGUGGCUGUAGAGAUUUUUGCCAUAUUGGCUUCAAGUGCUGGACUUUUAGGAUGUAUAUUUUCCCCAAAAUGUUACAUUAUAUUAUUGAGACCUGACUUAAAUUCAAAAACACAUUUGCUACAUCUAAAUAGAUGCAUUCCCACUUAGCUAAAAUAGCAGUGUAAAUGUUCUCAUUAGUCAAAUUAGUGUUUAGUAAUAAUUUAGCCAUUUUAAAACCAAUAACAUUUUAUAUGAUCAGAACUAUUUGGUUCUUAGCUCCUUCAAGCAACUUUUUUUUUUUAAAUGUAUUUUCUUUUUUUUUUCUAUGAACUUUAAUUUAAAAUCAUUAAGAAUGAAUGAUUAAAUAAUCUAAAUAUUGGAAAAUGGCAACACAUUUGACUAUAAUAAUUUCUAUGUAGCCAACACAACUGCAGAAAAAUGUCACCAAAUUGUUUAACUUCAUGUUUAUGUUUUGUGAUUAUGAUUUCAGUCUAUUUUUGCAGUUCAUAGUCAUAUAUUAUAUGGAGCACAUUA